AUGCCUCGAAAAGCCAUCGACUCCCGCAUCCCAGCGCUGAUCCGCAAUGGCAUUCAGGAAAAGAAGCGCAGUUUCAUCGUCGUGGUGGGCGACCGAGCAAAAGAUGUUAUUGUCCACCUGCACUAUAUCAUGUCCUCGGUCGAUAUCAAGCAGAAUAGAUCUGUCUUGUGGGCUUACAAAAAAGACCUCCUAGGUUUCACGUCCCACCGAAAAAAGCGCGAAGCAAAAAUCAGGAAGGAAAUCAAACGAGGCAUUCGAGACCCGGACACUGAAGAUCCUUUCGAGCUGUUCGUCACGUUGCACAAUAUUCGAUAUGUUUACUACAAAGAGACGGACAAGAUCCUUGGUAACACAUAUGGUAUGUGUAUUCUUCAGGAUUUCGAGGCCAUAACACCGAAUCUCCUCGCCAGAACUGUGGAAACGGUUGAAGGCGGCGGAUUGGUUCUCCUCCUGCUGAAAGGAAUGAAAAGUCUGAAGCAGCUAUACACAAUGUCUAUGGAUGUACAUUCGAGAUAUCGGACAGAAGCCCAUGAUGAUGUGGUGGCCAGAUUCAAUGAGAGGUUCAUUCUCUCUUUGGGAAAUUGCGAAUCUUGCUUGGUGGUGGAUGACGAGCUCAAUGUUCUGCCCAUAUCCGGAGGAAAGAAUGUCCAACCUUUGCCCCCACCGAGUAGUGAGGCUGAACGUGUGCUGCCGAAUCAGAAGGAGUUGAAGGAAAUCAAAGACAGUUUGGCGGACAGCAGACCAGUCGGACCUCUGAUUACUCUUGCCAAAACUGUCGAUCAAGCGAAGGCUCUUCUUACCUUUGUCGAUGCGAUAUCAGAGAAGACCCUCCGGAGUACUGUCACACUUACUGCGGCUCGAGGCCGAGGGAAAUCAGCAGCUCUUGGAGUGGCCGUUGCUGCUGCAAUAGCUCAUGGCUACAGCAACAUCUUCAUCACCUCACCAAGUCCUGAAAAUUUGAAGACAUUGUUUGAAUUUGUCAUCAAAGGCUUCGACGCCCUAGAAUAUAUGGAUCAUGUCGACUAUACGAUUUUGCAAUCAACAAAUCCGGAUUACAACAAAGCCAUCGUACGGAUCAACGUCCACCGGCAACAUCGGCAAACCAUCCAGUAUAUUCAACCUCAAGAUGCCCAUGUCCUCGGUCAAGCAGAACUGGUGGUCAUCGAUGAAGCAGCAGCAAUUCCUUUGCCGCUGGUACGGAAAUUGAUGGGGCCUUAUCUUGUCUUCAUGGCAUCCACCAUCAAUGGCUACGAGGGAACUGGCCGUUCGCUGUCGCUGAAACUCAUCCAACAACUACGAGAGCAGUCUAGGGGUGGACCUAGCACUAAUGGAGACGAUGUCGAGGUUGCAGACAAGGCGACAGGCAAGGCAGCCAAGGAUGGCGCCAAAGUCUACACCGGCGGAAGAAGUUUGAGAGAGAUCACGCUGUCAGAACCUAUCCGUUACGCACCCGGAGAUGGCGUUGAGAAAUGGCUGAAUCGGCUAUUAUGUCUCGACGCCACGUUGCCCAAGUCGAAGAUGAAUACCCAAGGGACGCCUCAUCCGUCAACAUGUGAAUUGGUCCAUGUCAACCGUGAUACGCUUUUCUCCUUUCAUCCUGUUUCCGAAAAGUUCCUGCAACAAAUGAUGGCGCUUUAUGUUGCGUCGCAUUACAAGAAUUCUCCCAAUGAUCUUCAACUCAUGUCUGACGCCCCAGCACAUCAACUCUUUGUACUGAUCCCCCCGAUAUCUGAGAACGCAAACAAACUACCGGAGCCUUUGUGUGUCAUCCAAGUCGCUCUCGAGGGUCGGAUCAGCAAAAAGUCGGUUCUGAGCAGCUUGUCCCGUGGUCAGAGGGCAGGGGGUGACUUGAUUCCCUGGCUGGUCAGUCAACAAUUCCAGGACUCGGAAUUUGCCGGACUGUCCGGUAGCCGCGUUGUUAGAAUUGCUACGAACCCGGAUUACCUGAAUAUGGGCUAUGGGUCACGGGCACUGGAGCUCCUGAGGGACUUUUACGAGGGCAAGUUCACCUCUUUGUCUGAGACGGACGAGACCACAAUAGAGGAUGCAGAGCACAUGCCGCGCGUCACGGACGCCGAACUCGAAGAAUCCAAUCUGCUCGAUGACAAUAUCAAAGUACGCGAUAUACACGAAAUGCCGCCACUUUUCAGCAAACUCUCCGAACGACGACCCGACCGCUUAGACUAUCUCGGUGUCUCGUUUGGCUUGACACAGCCACUCCAUAAAUUCUGGAAAAGACAUUCCUUCGCACCCGUGUAUCUGCGGCAAACGCCUAACGAGUUGACGGGCGAGCAUUCCUGCGUUAUGCUCCGGCCUCUUUCGACAAGCACAACCACAGAUAACUCGUGGCUGGCGGCUUAUGCGCAAGAUUUCCACAAACGGUUUCUUACUCUGCUGUCCUAUCAAUUCCGCACCUUUCCUUCGGUCCAAGGACUGUCUAUUUCGGAGUCCGCCUCGCGAGCCACCAAAUCUGGCCCUGACGAGUCAUCCUCGACGAAUGUGAAACCUCUCACCAAAGCCGAUCUUGACGCCCACUUCUCGCCUUUUGAUCUUGCCCGUCUUGAGUCAUACGCCAACAACCUGCUUGAUUACCAUGUCAUCCUCGACCUGCUACCUGCCCUCGCUUACCUCUAUUUUACUGGCCGCCUCAAGCUCCCACCUUGCAACGUCAGUCUGUCUGGAGUGCAGCAGAGUAUACUACUGGCAAUCGGGUUGCAGAGGAAGGACCUCAGUGACGUGGAAAAGGAGCUGAACUUGCCGAGCAACCAGCUGUUAGCCAUGUUUGUGAAGGUGGUCAGGAAGAUCAGCACGGCAUUGAGGGCAGUUUUGAGCAGCGAGGUGGAGGCGAGCUUGAGCGAGAAGAAAGAGAUCGAAACGAAUAGCGAGGCGGCAAUCAACUCAAACCCCAGCGGUGGCAGGGUACACAUUGCACCUCUGGGCCCUGCGAAUGGUGAUGACGGUGGGGAAGAAGAUGAGGAAGAAGUCGACCCAGAAAUGCGAGAGAAACAAAGGGCAAUGAUCGAUGCGUUGCCGCUUGACAAGUACGAAAUCUCCACCACUAACGCCGCAGACGACCGGGCCUGGGAGCAAGCCGAACGACAGGUCCGCGAAGCCGGCAACAGCACCGUCGUGAGCAUCAAAAGUGCCGGUGGAAAAGUGAAAAAGCGGAAGAUUGACGACUCGGAAGGUGAUGGUGGAGAAGGAGACGAAGACGCCGCCGCUCGAGGUGGUGAUCACAACAGGGAGAAGAGGCGGAAAGACAAGAAAGGAGGCCGGAUAGAGGGGAGCGGAGGAGGGAAGAAGAAGACAGGAAAGACAAAGGACAAGGAUAAGGAGAGAAGAAGAAAAGCAUGA